UUGUUAGCUACCCGCUUGAUUCGAUCCGAUUCGAGUCGAUUCGAACCGAUUCGAGUCGAUUCGAACCGAUUCGAACCGAUUCGAACCGAUUCGAGUCGAUUCGAACCGAUUCGAACCGAUUCGAACCGAUUCGAACCGAUUCGAACCGAUUCGAACCGAGUCGAUUGUUAGCUACCCGCUUGAUUCGAACCGAUUCGAACCGAUUCGAACCGAUUCGAGUCGAUUCGAUUCCCUUCCCUCCAUUUUUUUUUUUAAAUUUUUAAUAAAAAUCUGGAAUGAAAAAUUGGGGUUUUCGCCUUCACAGUUACUUCUGGGUGGUUACUAAGCCUAAGCCUUUUUUAACAGUGUUAAAAAUUUUCUUUCAAUUUUUUUAGCUUUAAAGUUGCUUCUGGGUGGCUUACUAAGCUUUUUUACAUUUUUGGAUUUGUCCAAAUCUGUAACUUUUUUAAAAAAAUUUUUGUUAGCUACCCGCUUGACUCUUGUUAGCUACCCGCUUGAUUCGAUCCGAUUCGAGUCGAUUCGAACCGAUUCGAGUCGAUUCGAACCGAUUCGAACCGAUUCGAACCGAUUCGAGUCGAUUCGAACCGAUUCGAACCGAUUCGAACCGAUUCGAACCGAUUCGAACCGAGUCGAUUGUUAGCUACCCGCUUGAUUCGAUCCGAUUCGAGUCGAUUCGAACCGAUUCGAGUCGAUUCGAACCGAUUCGAGUCGAUUCGAUUCCCUUCCCUCCAUUUUUUUAA